UACGCGCGUGCACGUGUGGAAGCUUUGUGAGAUUCAUAUUUGAGYUGGGCUGACCUCUGCUGCUCGUUCAGACACCAUCAGGUACAUUUACCUUCACUGAACAAUGUCGCAAAAGAGCAGUCCUCUGACUCUGGUGCUGAUGGUUGCCUCUGCAGCCAUUGGAGGAACUCUUCAGUAUGGAUACAACCUGGCUAUAAUGAAUGCUCCCACCACUUUUAUUCAAACUUUUAUCAAUGAGACUUUCCUACAGCGAUGGGACAUCCAGUUGGAGGACUACCAGGUGACGCUGGUGUGGACAAUCAUUGUCUCCAUCUUCUCACUGGGGGGGUUUGCAGGGGCUCUCAUUGCUGGGCCUAUGACCAUUCGCUUUGGGAGAAAGAAAUGUCUGCUGCUGAACAAUAUUUUCCUCAUGAGCGGCGCUCUCUUCGCGUUGACGAGUCGAGCUGCCAAGUCUUUUGAAAUGAUCAUUAUCUCACGCGUCCUCAUCGGGAUAAACGCUGGGAUCAGCAUGAACGUGCAGCCCAUGUAUUUUGGAGAAAGUGCACCGAAGCACCUGAGAGGAGCCGUCUCGCUGUCCUCGGCUGUUUUCACAGCAUUCGGGGUCGUGUUGGGACAGGUGGUCGGACUCAGAGAGGUUUUGGGAAGUGAGGCGUGUUGGCAGUACCUUCUGUCCAGUAAUGCCAUUCCUGGCCUCAUCCAGCUGGUGACCCUGCCGUGGUUCCCAGAGAGUCCUAGAUACCUGCUCAUCGACAGAGGGGACAAAGAGGCCUGUAUCAAUGCUUUGAGGCGUCUACGUGGCUGUGAGGUCCAGAGCAGCGAGCUCGACGAGAUCCUGCAGGAACAGGCCGAAACCAGAGGCAUGAGACCGAGACGACCCUGGGAGCUUUUUACAGAUCGCUCUGUGCGCUGGCAGCUCAUCUCUGUCAUCGUCAUCAGCAGCGCCAUGCAGCUCUGUGGGAACGACUCGAUUUACUUCUAUGCAUCAUAUGUGUUUAAAGAGGCAGGAAUAUCUGCUGAUCAAAUCCAGUAUAUCACCAUUGGCACUGGGACCUGUGAAUUCACAGCCUGUAUUCUGUGUUUGCAGAGUCUGUGUGCUACCAGUCAGGCAGAAUCCUUCAAGUGCACCCGACAGCUCCUCAAAGGCCCGAACCACUCUGGAGUGACUGGCGUUCUUCCCACAGAGAUCUUCAAUCAAACAGCUCGACCAGCCGCCUACAUGGUCGCUGGCUCCAUGAUGUGGCUCAACCUGUUUAUCAUUGGGAUGAUCUUCCCGUUUCUAGUGAGUGGAUUGAGAGAAUACUGUUUUGUGCCUUUCGGAGCUGUCUGCCUGUCCUCAGCACUCUUCAUCGGCCUGUUUCUGCCUGAAACGAAGGGAAAGUCUCUGUCAGCCAUCACACAGGAGUUCCACAAAAUGAACUUUAAAGGCCAGGAAAAACAUUCAGAAUCACAGACUCUGUAUCAGCUGGGAGAAGUGUGCCUUUCCACGGCCUUGUAGACAGUUUGUCACCAAAAUAACCUCUUCACAGUCAGUUUCACUUCAACCACUUUGACUGGGAUUUUAACAUUUGUCAUCAGAGACACAAAAACUGAUAUAAAAUAUAUAUAUUUAAGCUCUGUGACAUAAAAAGAAUUG